AUGGGGAGGCUUUCGGCAACCAAAAUUGUACUUGAAUCGCUUACAGAGAAGGUUUAUAUGUCUUCGGUGGUUGGAUUCAAUUAUUUGUUUGGUAGAAAGACAGAAAAACGUUACAAAUGGGAAGAAUUUAAAAAUGAUGUUGAAUCAGGGAACUCUGUUUAUCCUCUUGUUCUUAUUCAAAUUCCAAUGUUCAAUGAAAGAGAGGUUUAUCAGCUUUCAAUUGGAGCUGCAUGUGGGCUUUCAUGGCCUUCUGAUCGUAUUGUAAUUCAAGUUCUUGAUGAUUCAACAGAUCCAGUGAUCAAGGACAUGGUAGAAGUGGAGUGUCAUAAAUGGGCAGGCAAAGGUACAAAUAUACAUUACCAAGUGAGAGACAAUCGAAAGGGUUACAAAGCAGGUGCACUUAAAGAAGGUCUAAAACAUGGUUAUGCUAAUGAAUGCGAGUAUGUGGUAAUCUUUGAUGCUGAUUUUCAGCCUGAAUCUGACUUUCUUUGGAAAACAAUUCCAUUUCUUCAUCAUAACUCUGAAAUCGGACUUGUUCAAGCUCGUUGGAAGUUUGCAAACUCAGAUGAAUGCUUAAUGACAAGGAUGCAAGAGAUGUCACUUAACUACCACUUCAAAGUUGAACAAGAAUUUGGUUCAUCUACUCAUGCAUUCUUUGGCUUCAAUGGGACUGCUGGAGUUUGGCGAAUGGCUGCGCUUAAUGAGGCCGGGGGAUGGAAGGAUCGUACCACAGUGGAAGAUAUGGAUCUAGCAGUUAGAGCUAGUCUUAAAGGUUGGAAGUUCUUGUACCUUGGUUUAAUAAAGGUCAAGAACGAAUUACCAAGUGUAUUCAAAGCCUAUCGAUUCCAACAACAUCGUUGGUCUUGUGGUCCAGCAAACCUUUUCAGGAAAAUGAUUUAUGAGAUCAUGAUGAAUAAGAAAGUUGCAUUGUGGAAAAAGCUACAUGUGAUAUAUAGUUUCUUCUUCGUAAGAAAGAUCGUAGCUCAUAUUGGUACGUUCGUGUUGUAUUGUGUUGUAAUCCCUGCAAGUGUGUGGAUACCAGAAGUCGAGGUUCCAAUAUGGGCUACAGUUUACAUCCCUACAGUUAUCACCAUUCUCAAUGCUGUGGCAACUCCAAGGUCAUUUUAUCUGGUUGUAUUCUGGGUCGUCUUUGAGAAUGUAAUGGCCCUCCAUAGAACUAAGGCUACAUUUAUCGGACUUUUUGAGACUCAAAGAGUGAAUGAAUGGGUUGUCACUGAAAAGCAUGGAGAUGCUUCCAAGGCUAAAAGUGCGAUCACACACCAACGAAGACUUGGACUGAAACUAAGCGAUAGGCUUCUUAUGCUAGAGUUUUGCAUGGGCAUUAUCCUAUUCAUCUCUGGUUGCUAUGAUCUUGCAUAUGGAAAGUAUUACUACUACAUUUACUUGUAUCUACAAGCUAUAGCUUUUGUUGUAACUGGUUUGGGUUAUGUUGGCACCCACAUUCCCAACUCUUAAAUGAUGUUCUAUAUCAACUUGUUCGAUCGACUAUCAUUUUAUCUUUGUGCCUAAGUCCUUAUGUAAUUUUCUACACCAUACAAUGUUGUUAGAGAAAAAUAAAACUUUCUUUUACUUUGUACGAUUGUUACCUUUGUAUGUAAACAAAAAAAAGCAUGAUAGUUCCCCACACAAAAAAGUACACAAGGACAACAAAAAUAAGCAAAUGUUAGGUGUGGCUUCAUAAAAUAUUAUAAGGUAGAUAUGUUAAUUUGUAAUUAUUGGAUUAUUGGAUUAUAUAGAUUGUGUUUUGAAUAUUUUAUUCAUGUUUCGUUGUAUAUGUAAUCUUUAUUGUUAUAAGUAAUUCUGUAAAUUAAAGGUACUUAUAAUUUUGGUUUAUAUCAGUAUAUCUUUACCUUAAUCAUGGAUGAUAUUUCAUGUGAAAUCCAAGGGGAAGUUCCUUGGUAUAUGCUUUUUUUUCCGAUGACAUAGUGUAGGUAGGUGAAACUAGAAGAGAGUUGAAUGCUUUGUUGGAAACAUGGAGGGCAUUUCUAGAAGAGAAAGGGUUACAUACCAACGCGCUUAAAAUAAAGUACCAUUUGUGCAAUUUUAGUGGGGAGACAAAUAAUGAAGGAAUAAAGAUAAGCAUAAGGAAACAAGAUCUUCUCCAUAUGGAAAACUCCAACUAUUUAGGGGCAAUGAAACAUAAGGGAUGGGGUAUGGAGGUAGAUGUCACAUAUCAUAUAAAGGUAAGUUGGUUAAAGUGGGGAUGGUUACUAAAGUUAUGUAUGAUAGGAAGGCUCCGUUGAAACCAAGGGGAAAGUUUUAUAAUGUAGUUGCUAGGCUAGCCACAAUAUUUUGAAUCGAAUGUUGGCCGAGUAAGAAAGACCACGAGAGAAAGAUGGAAGUAACAGGGAUGAUAAUGGUUAGGUGGAGGUGUGGUAGUGAAACAUCCAAAAAUAUGGUCCA